AUGGCAAACCUUCCUUGGAUUGAAAAAUAUCGUCCGGCGACACUUGAUGAACUUGUUUCUCAUAAAGAUAUCAUCGAUACAAUCAAACGCUAUAUGUCACUCGGUGAACUGCCACAUCUACUUUUUUACGGACCAGCGGGCACAGGCAAAACUAGUACAAUUUUGGCUCUAGCGAAACAAAUGUACACACCCUCAGAAAUGCGUGGUUGUGUGUUAGAAUUGAACGCAUCUGACGAUCGAGGUAUUGGAAUCGUGCGUGAUGAAAUUCAAACAUUUGUUAGUACGCAAACUCUUCAUAAGAAAGGUGUUAAAUUAAUCAUUCUCGAUGAAGCUGAUGCGAUGACAACGGAUGCUCAGAAUGCUCUUCGUCGAAUUAUCGAACAAUAUACAGCGACAGCUCGUUUCUGUUUCAUUUGCAACUAUCUCUCGAAGAUCAUUCCUGCUGUUCAAUCACGUUGCACACGAUUUCGCUUUGGUCCACUAUCGAAUGAACAAAUGAUGCCUCGUUUACAAUACGUAAUCGAAAAAGAAAGUGUACAAAUCGAUCAAGAAGGCAAAAAAGCAAUUCUUCAAUUAGCCAAUGGAGAUAUGCGACGCGCAUUAAAUAUUCUUCAGAGUACUCAUAUGGCAUCGGGAUCAGUAAAUGAAGCUUCCGUAUACGAAUGUGUCGGCCAUCCAUCCAAAACAGAUGUUAAAACAAUCAUCAAUGUUUUAUUGAAUGAAAAUUUCACAGUGGCUUCACAAACAUUGUCGACACUGAAAACAACGAAAGGUUAUGCACUGGCCGAUAUUCUUACUGAACUUCAUCGAUAUGUUCAUAAAAUUGACUUUCCAAGUGAAAUUCGUAUACAUUUGUUGAUCAAGAUGGCUGAUAUUGAAAAUCGCUUAGCUAAUGGUGCAACGGAAAAAUUACAACUCAGUUCACUCAUAUCUGCUUUUCAAAAAGCUCGUCAAGUGGAAAGUUCAUGA